CGUCGGCGGCGUCCGGUAGUGCGUUCGUCGUAUCAAAGGAAGAAAGGUAAAUCCAGGAGGAAAUACAUGUUCGCGAGUAAAGGAGGAAGACGCGUUUGUGUUCUGUGGCGAGGGAUGCGCGCAGAGACCAGCCGGAACGUCGGAAUAUAAAUGUGAAUUCCCGGCGAUGCUGUCCGCUGAGAUCGAUAUGCUAAGCAGAUGAACGGGCGGACGAACGGACGUAUGCGCGUAUGAGCGAGCGUAUAUGUACGUCGGCGAGCUUGCAGCAUCGAUCGAUAUACAGCCUCGAUAAAAGGAGACACGUCGAAACCCGACGAGGACGAAGAAGCAGAAGAAGAAGAGGAGGAGGCAAGAGCGCGAGGAGGAGACGGAGACGAGGAGUCGGGGCUGUUUUAGAUCUGGUGAUAUAAGGUUGGCGCGAUAUAUAAGCCGCUCGUUCGCUCGCCCGCGUCUCUGCCCGUGGCCGGGCAUACAUAAUCGGAUGACCAAGUCGUUUACGUGACACAACAGCCGUGCCGAUCGCGACGGACGAACGAACGGACGGACGAACGGCGGCGCUUCGGGAAAAAACACACGCAUUUCGAUAGAUACGGCCGGUCGAUAGGACGGCCGGCGUAUAUAAGCCGUCGGAUGGACCUCCCGUGCGUUUCAGUCACCCGAAAAGUCUUAUAGGAGAUCCCGACGGUGUCUCUUUUUCCGCGUCUCCGUUCACCAAGGCUAGUCUUUCCCUUGUCGUUCCCUUGUCAUCCGCGGCGACGAGCCCUAUCGUCCUUUUACUUUUUCUUUCUGUCCUGUUCACCGCGCGCCCCCACCUUCGCGCGUACCCUCCGGGUAUUCUGCGUUCCCCGCGUCUUCGCGUAAAAGACUCCCCCGUCCCUUAUUCCUGCGGCUGUAGGUCUCGCAUACGCACCGUCGCCGCUGACGCACACGCACGUGCGCUUACAUACUAACUAAGUAACUGCACCGCGCGCCCAUCGCCGCAUCCUCUCUCCCUUUUCUCUUCUCUCCCUCGCGCACGCCACGCCGUCGUCUUUGUCCCCAUCCUGUCCUAUCUUGUCAGGAGUCCUCCUUUUUUCUUGUCCCGUUCCCGGCAAACACGCGCGCGGGCUACUGCACCGGUAGCUUCCCCCAUCCCUCCCCUCUUUUGUUUGCCCUUCCGAUCCGUCUAACUCUCUCUUUCUUCUUCUUUCUCCCCUUCUAAUCCAGUCUCUCCCGUCUGCUUCUCCUUCAUCGUUUCUGGCCGUUUUGUUUUGCACGAUCUCGUUUAUCUCUCGCGCACUCUUCUCGCCCUCCGAUCCCUCCCAUAUACAUUACGCGCGAGCGUCAAGAGGAGCGAGGAUUCGUGAGCUCCGCAUCUACCUACACCUGUCGGAAUAAGAGAGUCCGGAGACGGACACCGAGAGUGCGGGAUAUCGCUUGACACAAAAAUGACGAUGUUGGAAUGGUACGUCGGAAUCGCGGGCACCCUGCUGGCCCUCAUCUACUUCGCGUACUUUUUCAAGUUUAAUUGGAUCAGAGAUCUGCGAGCAGAAAAUCGGAAAAUCGGUAGUGUUUGUGUGGGAUCGAAAAAUAGGAAGGUGGGUAAACUACCACCGGUUUAUCCUAACGGAUGGUUCGUUCUGCUCGAAAGUUUACAGUUAAAAAAGAAUCAAGUGAAACACGUGUCCGCUCUUGGAGAGAAUUUUGCAGUAUUCAGAACCGAAAAAGGCGUUGUCAACAUUUUAGACGCGUAUUGCCCGCAUUUGGGGGCGAAUAUGGCCGAGGGUGGUCGUGUCAAAGGAGAUUGCUUGGAAUGUCCUUUUCACAGCUGGACGUUUCGCGGAGCGGAUGGUUUCUGCGACAACGUGCCUUAUGCCGAAAAAGUGCCGCACAUUGCGCGAGUGAGAACCUGGAAGUGCUGCGAAGUGAACCACCUCAUCUUCGUCUGGUAUCACGCUGAAUCCAUCGAGCCGGACUGGCAGCCCCAGCCGCAACCAUGCAUCUCCAACGGGUCAUGGCGCUUCCAAGGUCGCAAUGAAUUCCUCAUUAACUGUCACAUACAGGAUAUAGCUGAAAAUGGGGCCGAUUACGCGCAUCUCAACGCCCUACACAGUCCGGCAAUGUUUUUUUCUGGCUGGCUAAAGCCUUGGCUGGCACGGCAUUCGUGGACCAACGCGAGGUGGCGACCGCACUGCUCGUAUUCCGAUACGGACGCAGAAACGGACGCGAAAACGGAAGCGGCGAGUGCGGAGGUGCGAGUGAAAUUGAACGGCACGUCGAUUCACCAGAUUUCCAAUCAUCCCGCGGAGAACGGAAUCACCAGGCGGGAGAAGCACAAAGCCGGCAUGCAGAUGCGCCACGCUCUAAUUCUGCUGGAACGCUUUACCUUGCUCGCGUUCGACGUGUAUGUCGAAUUGACCGGACCAGGCUACGUCGAGCUGAUGCUCGACUCGCCGUUCGGCCGCAUAUGCAUCCUGCAGACGGUCACGCCGGUCGAACCGCUGUUGCAACGAGUGACCCAUCAGAUCUACUCGCCACCCCUAAUAGCGCCCUACGCGAAAGUGGUCUUUCUAGGCGAGUGCCUGAUGUUCAAGCGCGACGUCGAGAUCUGGAAUCACAAGCAGUUUCAGCGACAGCCCAUCCUGGUGCGCGAGGACCGUGCUAUUGUUGCGUACCGCCGCUGGUACUCGCAAUUCUAUUCCGCUCAGAGCCCGACAUAUCAAAAUGCUACGAAGAGCUUGCAGUGGUAGCGGCAUUGCAGAAUUGUGGACGCUGCACACUGUCGAGGUCCGAAUUCCGUUAAUCGCGUUGAUAGAUUCGGACUUCAAAGCAAGCUCGAUGCUUGAAUACAAAAAAAAUCGCCUCACUUGUUUGCAAUUAUUGAUGUAAGACUUAUUUUAGACCAGAGAUGGGAAUUAGUUGCAAUUUUCGGCUCGAUUUUCUGAUUCACGCCCACUGUCCUCUCCUUGCCGCUCGUAUUCUAGUAACGAGUCACCAAACAACCCGUAAUUAAGAUGCGCGAUACUCAGUCUUAGGAAUGUCCAUAUCACAAAUGCAAUAAGAUAAUAAAUAUAAGACAAUAGAUUUCCACGUCACCUGUGAGGUACUGUUAUUAACGCAUUCUUCAACAAUAGUAUCUCACAGGUGAUGUGGAAAUUUAUAUACAGGGUGAUUCAAAAUAACCUGAUGUCCUUGCAAUGCCAUAUUCUUGAGCGAAUUCUGAGACGAUUU